AUGGGCCACACAGACCGAGAAAGGAAACGGUACCAGGAGGAUCCGGAAUAUGCCAAGGCCCAACGGGAUGGAAAGAAGACUCGAUAUAGCACAGAUAAACAGCACGCCCAGGAGAAGCGCGAAAGGGAACGGGAGCGAGCACUGGAGCGCUAUCACACUGAUGAUGACUAUGCCAAGCAGAAACGCGAAAGGGAGCAGGAGCGAGCGCUGGAGCGCUAUCACACUGAUGAUGACUAUGCCCAGCAGAAAAAAAGGAAUGUGCAGAUUAACAGAGAGAAGAAGCAGAAUUUAGCAGAUGUCAAUAAGGACAUUGAACAGUUCCAGAUGGAAUGCAAAGAGGGACCAGAAUAUGUUUGCACUGUAUGUCACAGGCUUUUGUUUCACAAUCAAGUCGUAAUCUGUCAUCGUGAUGGUGAAAAAUCAAGGUAUGUUCAGGCUGUUAAGCACUGUCUUACAGGUACGUAUGUACAUCAAUGCAACGAGGACUGCAGCCCACAUGCGUGUCCCAUUGCAAAAUCAUCUAGGGGCACAGAGUGGAUAUGUCACUGUUGUCAUAGGCACAUGAUAGAUAAAAAGACAAUUCCAUACGAGGCUCAGAGUAAUAAGAUGAAGGUCCCAGAAAUACCCCCUGAGCUGAAAAGUCUCAAUACUCUGGAGUCCCAACUGAUAGCCAAGAGAAUACCAUUCAUGAAAGUUGCAGCUCUCCCGAAAGGGGGUCAGAAAGGUGUUGUUGGCCCAGUAGUGUGUGUACCAGCAGAUGUGAGUGAAACACAUGCAAUCCUUCCCAGAAUGCCGUCAGAAGCUCAGUUAAUCAAGGUGAAACUUAAGAGGAAGCUACAGUACAGUGGGCAUCACAUGUAUAGACAAAUCAGUCCAAUGAAGGUUGAUGUUGCUUUGAAGUAUCUUGUUGAAAAUAAUGAACAUUACAGCGGUACGUCUAUCGAUGCAGACUGGGCUGUGUCUUGGAAUGAAGAAGGAGGCCUUGUUGAACCAUCUGAUGCUGAACAAGGAGGGAAUGGCACCUUAGAAGAUCAUACAGCCCCUGAGCACGGUGAGUCUGUCAAUGAAGAGGGGAAUGAUAUGGAAGGGCCAACCAGGAAUGAUAUAGAAGAUGAUGAAACAGACAACAUUAUUCGACAGGUGAAUGUGGAAGAAGCCAUGGAAGAAGCAGCUCUGAGCGAGGAAGACGCUGUGGAAGAAGCAGCUCUCAGCGAGGAAGAAACCAUAAAAGAAGCAGCUCUGAGCGAGGAAGAAACUGUGGAAGAAGCAGCUCUGAGUGAGGAAGAGGAACUAGACAGCCGCUUGCGGGGACUGCCACAUGACACUUGCCUCCAGCCAGUAGAUAUAGGACAGGAUUUUCUUGACCACCACGAUGAACGCGUCAUGUGUGUGGCUCCAGGAGAGGGUAGCAAACCAAUUUCUGUGUUCCAGGAGGUUGGGGGAGAGGCAAUGUCCUUCCCUGUUCAAUUCCCUACUGGAAAGUUUUCUUUUAAUGUUGAUCGUGAUGUACGUAUUACGCCCAGCAAGUACUUCAAGGCACGCCUUAUGGGUGCAGAUACGCGGUUUGCAAGCGACACUAACUACAUAUUCUUUGCACAAUACGUAACAGAGUUGCGCUUCAUACAGUCGAAUAUUUCCAUAUCUAUGCGCAAAGGUUCGCCGACGACAAGUGGCGGCCGUAAAAUAUCUGCUAGUAUGUUGUCAAACAAAGAGGACUUACAGGCUAUACUUAAGUCAGAUGAAGGCUAUCGCUUCCUUCAGCCAGUCAGGGGUACUCCGCAGUUCUGGGACAAGGCGCUAAAUGAAUUAUAUGCAAUGAUAAGACAGCUGGGAAUUCCCACGUGGUUUGCUACAUUUUCUGCUGCAGAUUUGCGCUGGCCAGAAGUGUUAGAGGCGAUUCGACAAGAUCAUGGCACGGUACCAGUAAGCGAGUUGUCGUGGGAAGAGCGUUGUGACAUUUUGAAGAGUAAUCCUGUCACAGCCGCUCGCAUGUUUGAUCGCAGAGUCAAGCUGUUUUUCAAACAUCUCAUUAAAUCUCCAUCGCAGCCAAUCGGUGAGGUCAUAGACACGUUCACGAGGACUGAAUUCCAGCAAAGGGGCUCACCCCAUAUCCAUUGUUUGUUUUGGGUGAAAGAUGCACCAAAAUUGGGUGUAAAUUCUGAAGAAGAGAUCUGCUCUUUUGUGGACAGAUAUGUGUGCUGUCAGCUGCCUAACUCAGAAACAGAUAAGGAGUUAUUUGACAUAGUUAGCCAGGUUCAAAUGCACCGAAAGGGUCAUACAUCGUCAUGCAAGAAAGGUGGCAAGAUCUGUAGGUUUGGAUUCCCUAAGCCUCCAGUGAAUCAGACAUUUUUGUGCAGCCCUGUCUCCCUACAGGACCUGACCGAUGAAGAAUCAGCAUCCAUUGCUGGAAGGAAGAAGCAAGCCGAAUCUGACCUGAAAAAAUUCUGGGAUGUGUUGGACAAGAAAACAGAGCCAGAGAAGUGCUCCACUGAGGACGUUCUCAAGGAGGCCAAUCUCACCACUGCACAGGUCUGUGACGCUUUGAACUUGAUUGCAAACAGGAAGCAAGUAUUCCUCAGACGUGAGCCCAAGGACAUGUGGGUGAACAAUUUCAAUCCACAUCUGCUCCGGGCUUGGAAUGCGAACAUGGACAUCCAAUAUGUUCUCGAUGCGUACAGUUGUGUCAAGUACAUAGUAUCAUAUAUCAGCAAAGCAGAAAGAGAAAUGGGAAAGCUGCUCAAACAGGCUCAGAAAGAGUCAAGGGACGGGAAGUGA